ACCUCUUGGUCCUACACCAUGGUGCUGGUUACACUGCAUCAUGCAGUAGGGCAGCUGCUUGUUUUAUAAGCUCAGAUUUAACCUUCUUACUCCUGCGUGCUAAAAUCAGGUCGUAUCGCUGGAAGAAGCACACCAUCCACUUCAUUAACCAAGACAUUGCUGAAAGCAGUGCCAACUGCUGUGCCUCCUUGUUCCCAUCAUGGCAGAGUAUGCUCUGCAUGGCGUUGGUUCUGAGUGCUCUCUGGCACAUCUGGCUGCCCGCUCCGGAUGAGGUCAUUCAGCCAAAUGUUGAUCCCAUUUUCUUCCUGAAUUGCCUCCAAGACAGAGGGUAAGGAGGAACAAGGUGAAUGAAUGCUUCUUCCUGGAAGUGUAAGACCAUAAUUCUGCAAAUGUGCAUAUUGACUUUAUUUACUAGGUGGGGAAGUGCUGCAUGAGUGGUCAGUGUGCUGCCUUCUGAAGCCACCUCAUUCCCGGUGUUGGCAAUAUGGGGGGAGAUAGGGAGCAAGGGGCACAAGGAAGCUCUGAUUAGAUGUCUACAAUUAGGCUUACCAAUUCUGCCAUCAUUCUACCAUUGUCAAACAGGCUGCCCAGGGAAUUGGUGGCGUCACCAUCCCUGGAGGUGUUCAAGAGCCAUGGGGAUGUGAUGUGUAGGGACAUGGCUUAGUGGGCAGUGUUAGUGGUAGGUGGAUGGUUGGACUGGAUGAUCUUUGAGGUCUUUUCCGACCCUAAUGAUUCUGUGAUCGUACCUUGUGCUUCUAAGUCAUGACUGCAAAUAGUAGGACAUCACCCAGCGCUUUCAGAUGCCUUUACAGGCAAAGCUGUAGGAUACUUUAUGGAGCAAUGGAUUAGAAAAGAGGACAGGCAAGGAAAAAUGGCUAAAGCAUAAAGGUAAAACUCGGUGCAUGUGGAUGGUCCUGAAAAGUCCCAGUGGACACCAUGCUCAGAGUUCAAGUCUCAUGGGUAUGGCUGCACACACUGAAACCAGGUUAAAUAAAGCAUCAUCAGAUGCUCUGCAGAGCACAGUGCAGUGCUGAACUGAGCACGUAUAGGUUUGGAUGAAAUCUGCAAGAAUUUUUCAUUCUUUAUGUCUCUUUCCAGCAUUAUAGAUUGCAGCUGAUUUUAAAAGGGCCAGUGCUUGAGCACUGAUUCCUUUGGAGGCUGUGGUCUUUUUCAGAGCACUCUGUGUUAGCCUAAUUCCCAUUGUUUCCACUGAAUGAACACCAACAUUUUGCAGACUUACAAGUCAAGGAAAUGGGGUGCCAUUAAACACCUGGAGAAAUCCCGUAUGUGAGAACAGUCUAGAGGCACUCAAUGCCUCUAGACCACAUCUAGACUUCAGUAUGUUGGCUCAGGAUACCUCUGGUGCUGAUCUCCCAUUAGAUGUGAAGGGCAGAAUUGUGGGCUCCUCUGGGGCAUGGGCUCACACAACCUCAUCUCUACGUGCCAAUGUGCUGGGCUUCACAGGGAGGUUUGGUUACCCCAAUGUGCCUGGAAGUUACUCACCUACAUCUGGGAGAAUUGCCUGAAAUUCCCUUAGAGGAGAGAAAUCAGAUUCAUCACUUUGUAAGCAACAAUAUCAUCUUUUCUCCCAUGAGUUAACUGAAGUCAAGUGAUGGACUGACGUCUGCGAUAUGGGCUGCUUGGUGGUGUGAAUCUCAUCCGACACAUUUAUUCUCACACCGCACUGUAUCUCAUCAGCCCUUACAAUUCCACUCAUUAUAUGACGUUGAUUAAUAACAGGAGAGGAAAUUUAAGGAAAAAAAAAAUAAUUGGAGGUUUUGCAUUGUACAUGUUUGUCACCAGACACUGCAAGGCUGACGGAGUUCAGGUAAUGCCCUCAGAACUAAGUGCUCUAGCUCCUGCUUCCUCCAAAGAAGUUCUUGGUGAUGUACUGUUUCUGUGCUGUAGCAUCUACCAGCAUCACUGCUCCCUAAAUUCCAGCCUGUCUUUCUGAUAAUUGCAGAACUGUAGCGUGGUUUGGGUUGGAAGGGGCCUCUAGUCCAACCCCUGUUGUGGGCAGGGACAUCUCUCACUGCAGCAGGUUGCCCAAAGCCCCGUCAUAAAGCACACUGAGUUCAAGGUGUAGCAGCAGUGAGUUGUAUAGCUCGUGUGUAUGCAGAACAAGAGAGAGAAAAUAUUGAUAUUUCCUUGAAAGCUGAGUAAAAUAUUAAAAUUUAGGGCCGGGGGAGAAGAAGUAUUAAGCAUUGCUGGUAUUUGGUGGCUAAUUAUCAUGGUUAUUUUAAAACUGGAAAGGCUUUGUAUACAAUUAAGCACAUAGAGUACUGAUCUCUAUAUCAAAGAAAUGAGCAUAGCAGAUUAACUUUGAAAUAGUCAAAUGAUUUUAGUGUUAGAGAUGGAGUUGUGCUGCGUGGAUGUGCAACAGCAUGCUGAAUUAAGAAAUGCUGAGGAAGUCAUCGUAGAGCAAAAAAGAGUCAGGGAGGUGCAAACUAGCUAUGGCUUCUUCUUCUGGCAUUGUAUGCAAAUGUUAAAAAGUUAUUUGGUGCUGAUGCAAACAAAGUACACUUGAGAUCUCAGAAACGUCCUGAAUAAUCAGAAUAACCAGUCUAGCCUGCGACACUGCAUGCUGCUCCCUGAACACGUGAGAAAUUCAGGUGCAAACUAUGCUGCUGUUGAUUCAGCUCCGUGUCUAAAGAAGUUUUAAUCAUUAAUUCUGCUAACACACGUCCCUGCUAUGGAGCGAAUCGGGUUCCUGUGAUCCACUCAAGCACGGAUCAUAAGCUUGAGUGGAAAUCAAAUGAGCAAUUGCAGUUGUGCUCAUUCCUCUCACCCAGGGACACGUUUGCAGGUUGCCCUUGUUUUGCUCUUAGUUUUGUUGUUGUACCCAGUGUUGAAAUCAGCUCCUUGUCAUAGGAACAUACUUAUUCCAUUCUAGAUUGCUUUCUUUGCAUGGUGCAAACUGCUCGUUCACGUGGUUCACUAGCUCGUGUGUAUUGGAUAGCAAAUAACUGUACUCACAGUGCUGCUCUUAAUCUAUCCCUUCCCAUAUUUGUUCAUCUUCUUUCUUUAUGAUGGCAGUUUGGCAGCCGUUCCAGUACACAGUGCUGCCUAGUCCUACUUAUUGUGCAAGGUACAUAUGCCUAUUAUUUUCUUGUGGGGUUUAUUCUCUCUCAUCUACAGCUUUUGCAAAAUGUUAUUCUUUCUGGUAUGUACUUCAGUUUAAUCCAGAGCCAGGAUACUAGUUCACGUUAUCGGUACUUUUGAAGCAUACUCAGUCCUUCACACCAACCCAUGCAAACCAUGCAGUCAUAUCCCAUUUUACUGAUGUUACCAAGCAUUAACUUCGACACAGGCUCUGAGUUUUCUGUGCAGAACAUUGUGGAAUUACUUUUUCUCCCAGAAGCUGCAUCCUGCUUUGGCUGUGAUCUAUGGACUGUCCAAUUCCUGCAGCUUCUUGAGCAGGUGUUGGGAUCUGGUCUUAACGCUGGACUCCACAAGCACUCAAAUGCUGUGCACUGCAGUCAGUUGUCCUAGAUCUACAAGAACUGACUCAGAAGUGGCUCCCUCUUCUGAGUUCUCCUGUGAAUGUCUCUUUCAGAUGUGUGAUUAUUGCUAGGAGUGCCAUCUGCUGUUUGCUGGGUCGCGCUGUGUCUUCAUUGCUUGUCCAGGUUUCAGAGUGAUAGAACCUUGUUUAUUUCCGCAAGAUAGCAGAUUCAACAUUUAAAUGAAAAACUAAAACCAGGGAUGAAAACGCAGGGGAGCAAAUGGAUUUUCAGGUGUCUCCUGAAACGUAGCUCUGUUCUCAGCCAUCUCUUUGCAAUUCCUCGGGUUGUUACCCAGCUACAGAGCAGAGAAUGAGCUCUAAUUCCUCUGACUUCAGCCUGAAGUUAAAGGAAACAUUUUCAACAUCUUUUAAGAUGUUUCAUCUUGUUCCCUUUUUUCUUUUUUCCCCCGCUCCAUUCAUUGAAAGAGCAGUCUGUAUUUCCAUUUCAGUCUAUUCUUUCAUGCGCUGUUUGCCUCGCUCCAACCCAGAUCUACACGGCCACACCAAAGCAUUCUCUUUGCACCUGAGCAUUCUCAGAAGCUGUUGUCGGCUGCAUCAUAAGAUUGUUCUCUGCAAAACCAUCCUCUUCUCCAGAAAUGGCAGCUGGGCUCUGGAACAGACAGGAAUGGGUGUCACUUUGCUUGCGCUGAAAUCUUUGCAUCCCCCCUAUCCGCCGUGCUGGGCUGCAGCUGAGGGUGCACGGUGUCCACGCGAUGGCACUCUGUCACAAUCAUCUUUUGGUGCCAUUAACCUCGUGUUUGCCAGCGUGCUUUUGGGAGCUGAGCACGGAGCUUCACGAGAAGCACAGCCCUGCCUUGCUGCCUUCCCCUUGCUGUGCUACUUCAACUACAGAGCUGAAACACAAAACGUCUCCACAAAGCUGUCUGGCUUUAGGAACCUCUGAAUGUGUGGACGAAGGGCCUGAGCAAAUGGUCCCACCCUGUGCAGCGUUCAGCACUUUUGGAGGUGGAUGGACAAGGGAUGCAGUCGUCACAGCUCAUGGCUCUGGUAAAGGAGAGAGGCAGUUGCAGAGGGCAGCCCUGGUCUACCUACCGCCAUGGAAACUCAUUUGUCUCUAUUCAGGAUUUUCCCUUAGCUGAAUAAAAGGUUUUCUCCUGUGUGGGAUGUGUGAUCAGCCCGGUGUUCAGCUCCCCUUAGCCAGCCUUCCUCUUUCGAGGGAAGCACCACCAGUCAUUACAAUCAUUCACCGCGUGCAUGACCAGGAGCAUCUCAGUACGUGGAACAUUCUUUGAGCUUUGCCACCAAUGCACUGAGUUCUGGUGCCCCAUACCUGAUGUCAGCAUUUGACACUGGAUGCGUGUUGAAGAGUAGGCCAGAAUGGUCUGGAGGAAUAAACAAAAACUGAGCUCUGAUCAAGUCCUGAUCAACAAAUCCAGCAGAAAUUAGGUUUACAGCAGGAAUCCAGGCAGUAUUGUAUUAUCCCUUGGGUACUCUGCCAUUAGAGACUUUUAUAAACACCAAAAGUGUGACAUUCAGAUAGAGUGGAAGUGAAAAUACUCUUGAGGAUAGCUUUGUCCCAAACACUGGGGUAUCAGUUACACGCCCAGAUCUUUCUAUUUCAGCCUCUCACUUUCCAGUACUGAUUUAUGCAGCUGCUGUUCUCAACAAGUUGAUUUUUCUUCAGUGUUGGGCUCUAGUAUGGGAAGUUGUAAUUCAGCAAAAAGGUGAGCAUCUUUCUUCAUCGUCCUGGAAAGAGAUCAGAUUGGAAAGUGAAGAAGAUGACUCAGUACAACCUUUCGGCAGAGCUCUUUCUCCAGAGCUCAGCAAAUAGGUCAUUAAAUUUUACUGAACCACCGCUGGUGUUGGAUGAAAGGACACUGUUAGGGCUGAAGAUAUCUCUGUCAGUCCUUCUGUCUGUCAUAACUUUGGCAACGAUCCUUGCAAACGUUUUUGUUGUUAUUACAAUUUUUUUGACUAGAAAGCUCCACACACCUGCAAAUUACCUCAUUGGCUCCUUGGCAGUGACAGAUCUUUUAGUGUCUGUCCUCGUGAUGCCCAUCAGUAUCGCUUACACUGUCACCCACACGUGGGCCUUUGGCCAAGUGCUGUGUGAUAUCUGGUUAUCAUCAGACAUCACGUGCUGCACUGCCUCAAUCCUACACCUCUGUGUUAUUGCACUGGACAGAUACUGGGCUAUCACAGAUGCUUUGGAAUAUGCCAAACGCCGGACUGCUGGCCGAGCAAUGCUCAUGAUCGCUGUGGUCUGGAUGAUCUCCAUUAGUAUUUCUGUGCCACCGUUUUUCUGGAGGCAAGUGAAAGCUCACGAAGAAAUCGCAAAGUGUAAUGUGAACACAGAUCAGAUUUCCUACACAAUUUAUUCCACUUGUGGAGCUUUCUACAUUCCGACUGUGCUCCUCCUAAUAUUGUACGGUAGAAUUUAUGUAGCAGCUCGAUCCAGGAUCCUGAAGCCACCCUCGCUGUAUGGGAAACGAUUUACUACUGCACACCUGAUAACUGGCUCUGCCGGGUCUUCCCUCUGCUCCAUUAACGCAAGCCUUCACGAAGGGCAUUCCCAUUCCGGUGGAUCCCCCAUAUUUCUCAAUCAUGUUAAGAUAAAACUUGCAGAUAGUAUUCUGGAAAGGAAAAGAAUUUCCGCUGCGAGGGAAAGGAAAGCCACCAAAACUUUAGGCAUUAUUCUAGGAGCUUUCAUUUUCUGCUGGCUGCCGUUCUUCGUCAUGUCCCUCGUCCUCCCCAUCUGCCAGGACGCGUGUUGGUUUCAUCCCAUCCUACUGGACUUUUUUACGUGGUUAGGUUACUUAAACUCGUUAAUCAAUCCAGUCAUUUAUACAGCGUUUAAUGAAGAAUUCAAACAGGCUUUCCAAAAACUAAUACAUUUCAGAAAGUGCUCGUCUUGAUCCUCUUCUGUUGCGUUACUGACCCUAGCACAAUCUUGCAGCCUCCCCUGAGAUUUUCUGUGCUUCAGUUCCUGGGUGCAGAGUGGUAAUCUCCAUCCCUGUGGCUGCCCUGUGCUGUGCAUGGAACAGGGAACGUCGCACAAGUUUGGUUCUCUCUGUCUGGAAUUCUGUAUACCAUAAGAUAACUCGUCUGUGGUCUCUGCAGUGAUCAUUUGUACACGUGAUAUCAACAGAUGAAGCAAAGUUUGCAACAAGUGAAAGACUGGACAGAAAGCUGAGUUUGUACAGGGCUGCUCCGAAAGUAAUGCCUCCUGGUUUAUAGUGUUGGCCCCUAACUCCAUAGGUGGAUCUUGGUGGGAUGGCAGUAGAAGCUGAACCUUCCCACCAAUAUCCCAUUGCAUAUUGUUGCUGUAUGACAGAUGGCAGCAGUCUGACAGAUGGUGUCCGAAACAGACGUGCAAAUAGAGCAAAGGUGUGUCAUUGAAUUCCUCCGUGCAGAAAAAAUUGGCACCCAUUGACAUUCUUCAACACUUGGGAACGUUUUUGGAGACCCAGCAGUGGAUGUGAGCACAGUGAGGCAGUGGGUUGUGCAUUUCAGCAGCGGUGACAGUGAUGCAACAGUCAAGUUGCGUUCUGGACAGCCAUGCAGAUUUUUGGAGCACAGCGUGCAGCUCUUGUUCAUCGCUGGUGAAAAUGCAUAGCUUAUGGUGGUGGGUGUACUGAAAAAUAGUGUUCUGUAGCUGAGAAUUUGCUCUGUCAAAUAGUGUUAUUGUACUCUUUGCAUCUAUUGUAGUUUCCACAGAAAUAAAUAGGAGGCAUUACUGUCAGAGCGACAUUUAUAAUAAGAUGGCACAUACUGCCAAGCCUGCCAUGUCUUUGUAACCUGAUGGGAGGAAAACUUACGCAUAUUUGGAGGACUUCAGUACUUCUGCUGUAUAUUACUAGCAGUUCACGUAGGCUGAGGUUUCUGGAGAACGGAAUCUAACGCCUGUAUUUCCUGUGGCACGUACCCAUCCAUCUGAAAUGGAUAAAACUAGCAGCUUUGGCAGAAAAGAGGCGGCAGCCUGAGUGCAGGCAGCGGGGCACAAAGACGUAGCAAGCAUGCAAGUUCUGUGGGCCCUUCGCAAACAUGAAUUUGAAGCUGCACUUUUGGUAAACUGCAGAAAGAAGACAUCCUGUUGGAAAUCAUUUUUACGCAUUUGAUCAUGAGUGGAAUAGCCAGUGCAGAAAUACUACAAAAUAAAUAGCAUGAACGUUAUUGAAAAUUA